GCUGCGGUUGGUUCUGUUUGUCUUUUUUCAUCAUCAUUAUUCUUUCUUUUCAUUAUUUUUUACCCCGAAAUGCACAGCUUUGACAGCAUUCCCGAGGAUAUCAUCAGAGCGAUCCUAGCUUAUGCCAUCAGACCAGCGACAGCCAGGACAGCUUCCUCAUGGACUUCGGCACACCCGUUGACUUUGGUCUGUCGUCGCUGGCGCGCAUUGGCCCUCGCUAUGCUUUGCAAAACCGCAUUCAUACGCUGCGAGGUUGGCUUUAAAAAAGGCAAAUGCGUGUUCCAACGGAACGAAGUGUGGCGGACAAACGUUAACUGCAUCAGCGCACUCGGCCAUGGCCACCUAGUCAAAGAGCUGGUUAUCGGGAUUGACACAUACGUCAACCUUCUCAUGGUUCUGCAACAGGUUAUUGGUCUUUUAAAUCUGCACUCUGUCCCCGAAUGGCCUCAGCUAACGACCAUUUCUAUCGACGUUGAUUUUAUCGAGAGGAACCUGGACGACAACUUUAUAAACGAGCCGGUUACUGCUCUGUCGGAUAUCGCUCUCAUGGCCGAGGGCUUUUUCCAGUCUUUACCGUUCAUCAGUAGCAUAAAGACAAUGACCAGGGAUUCGGGUUUGGGCACCUUUUCAAACAACCUGAUUGAUGUGUAUGGCGAGAAACUGCGGCGCAUUUGUUGUGACGCGCCACUGGCACUGACCAUGCCUCAGUUUUCCAGCCAGCUCACACACUUGGAGAUUACAGUUGAUAUCCCCGAGACACAUGCACUUCCGCUAGUAUGCACGGGCAGCCUACUAGACCUGCAUUUGCUGGACGUGCCCAUCACGUUCAAUUGGGAACACUUUGAGAACGGCAAUGCGUUGACCGAUACCAUCAGCUUUGAUAGACUCGUCAGUUUGCAAAUUGAUUUCCGGCCCUGUGUUUCGUACACUGCCGAUGAUGUCUAUAACGCACAGGCCCAGAGCAGCACUUUCAAGACCAAACUGCACUUCCCCAGUCUUCGACAAUUGCGCAUCAGCGACUGCUUGCCUUACAGCGGGAUUUUGCGCGAGGCAGUGUUUCCCUCGUGCUUGGAGAGCGUGCACAUUUCGGGUGAGCCUGUGUGCGUUCAGCUAUUUACGGGGUACAUCCCCAGCGCUAUCAAUGAGUUCCGGGCCAUGCUAUACCACUAUUCUGAAAACUCUUUUGAAGAAGUUUACCAGCUGACUAACCAUUUGUUUGGUGAGGAGUGCGUUGCGACAAGAAGUGUUCUCGAGCUGGAUAUCUGUACUGCCCUGCUUGAUGUCAAUCAAAUUAGCUGGGUUAACAUCACCGACCUCCUCCUACACAAUAUGCACUUUUCUGCCCUUGUUGAGCUGGUUGUCAGGCUACCCGCCCUCAUAUGCAUCAAUGCAUAUGGUCUGGAGUUUGAGCAGGAUACUGUGAUUGCCGCUGAGUCCGAAAUGCAGUCCCCCAACCAUGUAGCGCCAUUUAACACUAGGCUUCGCGAAAUGAGCCUUGUUCACUAUCCACCGCGAGGAACAAGCGAUCCAGGUUUCAUCAUGCUUGCUUGCUACUUGGCCGUGAGAGUCACAUCGCUGGAGGUGCUUGCGUUGAGUGAAGAGUACCUUUCCAAAUGCAGAGUUCUUUUCAGAACGCUCGGCAUCACAUACCCUCACAUACAGAAUGUCUUGAUUCGAGACACCGUCCAGAACAUCUGGUGACAAGUCCGCCCGUUUCGACGUAAAUAAAUAAAUUAAUUGAUCGUUGAGAAUUGCUCACAAAGAUGCAAGUUUGAU